AUGCGUGUCCUCAGUAGUCUUGUUGUGGCAGUUGGAUUCAUUGCCUCUGCUAUGGCUUUGAAAGAGCCUCCUACCAAGUUACAAGUGGGCAUUAGAAAGAAGAUUCCUGCUGAAGAGUGUCUAGUCAAAUCAACCAACGGGGACUCAUUAUCAAUGCAUUAUACUGGUACUCUUUUUGACACAGGAGUCAAAUUUGACAGUAGUUUGGACCGCAAUGAACCAUUCGUGUUUAGAUUGGGCAUGGGCCAAGUGAUUCAGGGCUGGGAUCAAGGUUUAUUAAACAUGUGUAUUGGUGAGAAGCGUAAGCUUAUUAUUCCUCCUAGCAUGGGUUAUGGUGAUCGUGGAGCUGGAGGCGUUAUCCCACCUGGUGCCACUCUUGUAUUUGAGGUUGAAUUGCUGGAUAUCAAAAAGCCUGUCAUCAAGCCAUUUACUGGCGGUGAUGACGAUAAUGAUGAUCAACUCAUCUCAUUCACUUCCCCUAGUUUCUUAAUCUCAACCGCUGUGGUUAUUGUCUUAUUCUUCAUUGUCUUCAAAAUGGCUAAAAAGCAAGAUAUUGUAGAGGCAAAGAAGGCUGCUACUGCAGAAAUUAAGGAAAGGAAAUAA